UAGGCUUGGCCAGGCUAGCAAACAAACGAAUCAGUGGCAGCGGAGUCUUUAUACUAAUCGCGAUCGAACAAUAAAUUAGCGCGUGGUUAAAUUAAUCAGUGGCAGCGCUGCCACUCGGCGACUCUUCGUAGCGAGACUCCGCGGUGAUUUAUUGUUUGUCGCUGGACUCGCUGGGGGGACGCGCAUCGUCGGGCCAGCGCGAUGCAGCAGCAAGCUUCAGGCUUCAAUAUACACAAGCUAGAACAGGAAGUGAAGACCCGCUGGCUGAAGCCUCACGAAGUUCUGAGUAUAUUACAGAAUCAUGAGUGGUUCACGGUCACACAUAAGCCCCCUCAUAAGCCACCGAGUGGUUCUUGGUUUCUUUACAACAGAAGAGUACUUCGGUACUUCCGAAAUGAUGGAUAUGAAUGGCAAAAGAAGAAGAAUGGGAAGACCAUUAAUGAAGCCCAUGAGCGCCUUAAGGUUGAUAGCAUGGAAGCACUGAAUUGCUACUAUGCUCGUGCAGACAAAAAUCCUACAUUUCAGAGGCGGAUAUAUUGGAUGCUUGAUCCGGAUUAUGAACACAUUGUUUUUGUCCACUAUAGAGAUGUUUUAGAGGGCAGAAUUUCAGUAACAACACCAAACGAUUCACCAAUAUCCAAUCAGAAUGGCAAUGUUAGCAGAGCUGAAGCACACAGUUCACCAGGUUGGACUAGUGAGUUAAUCGCAUCAUGUCCCAAUUCAUGCAGUCCAGGAUCUGUGGAAGACGUUAGUUCCCGAACUGUGACCAUUAACAAUGAAACAAAUAGUGCAAGUCGAUCUGAUUGGAUUCAUUGUAAUCAGGCAGCCUUGCGGAAGCUUGAAAUGCAGCUUAGUCUGGAAGACAAAGAAGGUCAUGAUGCUAAUGUCAAGGAAGUUUCGUCAAAUAAUGAGCAUACUCUUGUUCAUGGGAUUCAGAAUGGGGAGCCAGACACUUGUGUAGAUCUUGUGGAUAUCUUCAAUGUACGGGAUUUUUGUGAAUACCAUAGUAAAGAAAAUGGAAACCAUCCUCUCCACAAUGCAAUUGAUGUGCUGAAAAACUCAGACACAUGGUUGGAGGAGGAUCAACUUGAAGCAAUUCUGCAUCCAGCUUCUGUGACAGUGACUGAAAACCAAUGGUUUCAUAUUCAUGAGGUUUCUCCUGAAUGGGCGUUUUGUUCUGAAAGUACAAAGGUUAUCAUUGCAGGAGACUUCGUUUGCAAUCCUUCCAACAGUUCAUGGGCAAUACUGUUUGGUGAUGUUAAGGUACCUGUGGAAAUUGUUCAGCAAGGUGUCAUUCGUUGCCAUACUCCAUGCCUUUAUCCUGGAAAAGUAAGAAUGUGCAUGAUUGAUGGGAACGGGAAACCCUGCAGUGAAGCACGAGAAUUUGAAUUCCAUGACAAGGCUACCAAGAGCAUGAUUGAUGGGAACGGGAAACCCUGCAGUGAAGCACGAGAAUUCAAAUUCCAUCAGAAACCUACCAAAAGUAGUGAUGAGCUGUUGCUGCUUCUCAAUUAUGUGCAGAUACUUUUUGAUGGUCAUGGUUGUAGACUAUUUUCAGAAUCUAGCUUGUCAAAUCCUAACUGUGGAAAUUACGAAGUUAACUCUACGGAAAUUAUGAAGAAAACAUGUGAGCAUCUGGACCAUGAGAUUGCAGUAUAUCGUGUUAUGGAAGUACUGCUUAACGACAAAUUUGAGCAAUGGCUAUCAUCCAAAUGUGAACAGAAUAGUAAAGGAGAUCAUUUCCUUCCUAAGCAAUACCACAGUGUUAUACAUACGAUUGCUGCCUUGGGUUAUGACUGGGCUUUGAAGCCACUGCUUCGUUCUGGAGUGCCUAUAAACUACCGUGAUGCAAAUGGAUGGACUGGUUUGCACUGGGCUGCACGUUUUGGCAGGGAAGAGAUGGUGGCGGUGCUUCUUGCUGAAGGCGCUGCUGCUGGUGCACUGUCGCAUCCCACAUCAGAAGAUCCCGCUGCUAAAACACCUGCUUCAAUAGCUUCUGCAUAUGGUUUCGAGGGCCUUUCUGCAUUCCUUUCAGAAGCACAAUUGACAACUCAUCUUCAUUCUCUCGAAUCAAAAGGAAAUGAAAACUGCAAAGACCUUGCUAGUGGAGGUGGAAUAACUAGUGCUGUGGACAGAAUAUUGAACAAAAGCACCCAUGCGCAUGGUGGAACUGAUGAUCAGCUUGCGCUUAAGGAUUCCCUAGGAGCCACCCGUAAUGCUGUUCAAGCUGCAGGGCGCAUACAAGCUGCCUUCCGAGUGUUCUCCUUUAGGAAAAAGCAAGAGAUGGCUCUUCAGAAUAGAAAUAGCUGCAUCCUUUCCAUUGGAGAAACAGUUGCUGUUUCAUAUGGUAGGCUUGAGAGAGCUGCAUUAUCUAUCCAGAAGAACUUCAGGUGCUGGAGAAAACGUAAUGAAUUCCUGAAGCUGCGAAAAAAUGCCAUCAAGAUACAGGCAAGGGUGAGAGCUCACCAAGAAAGAAAGAAAUACAGGGAAUUACUUCGAAGUGUUGGCAUCCUUGAGAAGCUGAUGCUAAGAUGGCACAGAAAAGGUGUUGGCUUGCGAGGAUUCAAUUCUGGGGAGAUGCCAAUUGAUGAAAAGGAGGAAGACGACAUUGUCAAGGUAUUCCGGAAGCAAAGAGUCGAGACAGCUCUUAAUGAAGCUGUUUCAAGGGUAUCAUCUAUCACUGGUAAUUCCAUUGCAAGAUUGCAGUACCAAAGGACGCUCGAAAUGUACCAACAAGCAAAGGAUGACCACGAAAAGCAGUAGCAGCCGGCACUAGUGAAGAGCAAAACAUAAGCCAGCUACUAUUCAUUUAUCACCCUUGUUAUAUGAUCUGAACAGCAAUUGGAUAAGUGAAGAGUAAAUACUUGGCGAUUGAAUGGUCAGUGGAUCCUGAGCACAACAGAAGAUUUUUUGGUGAUCCGGUACCACCACGAAUUCAUGCUGAAAGCAGUUUGAUUGUGCAUAGCGACGUCAUGUGCAAUAACUGACUUUUCGCUAAAAGUUCAGAAAGGUUCAAGGACUUUGUACACUUAGAGGCUUCAAGAGCGUAGAUAGCAAGGUAGAUGAAGCGCAAGUAACACUUAAUAUUAUAUGCCGUAUGUUUCAUCCUCACACUUUAGGUUUGUAUAUGGUACUAAAUGUGAGAUAGCUCCUCUUGUACAAUAAAUGUGAGAUAGCUCCUCUUGUACAAUAAAUGUUACAAGGAAGCUCAGUUGCCAUUUGCCUAUGAGAAAUACUCCACACAUGGGUUCAGAUGAGUUAA